AUGGUCCGAUUAACCAAUACGCCCAUCAUUGUUGAUGAAUUUAAAUAUAUUCCGGGAUGUUUUAUCUAUUUAUUGACUCAUCUUCAUACAGACCAUACCAGUGGUCUUACUCCGAGUUGGAAUAACGGAAUUAUAUUUUGUAGCGAAAUUACAAAACGAAUGUUAUUGAAAAAGUUUCAAUUACAAGAACCCGAGAGAGUCAUUGCUUUGGAGGAGGAUCUCACAUAUUAUAUUCCUCUUGUUCCUCCGAAUCCGUUUCAGGAUCAUCAAACAGGAAAUGAUGACGAAGAUCCAAGUUUUCGUUCGGGUUAUGUGUCAACAAGCAACAAUAUUCAUAGUGAUAUUAAUGUGUGGAGAAAUCCUUCGUAUUGGAUCAAGAUUUCAAAUGCAUCCGCAACAACAACUAGACAAUUACCAUCACAACAAUCAAAUUCUUCAUCAUCUUCAUCUCAAUCCAAUGUUGCUGCUUUAACGUCCUUGAUGACAGGUCAAAACAACAAUUCCGAUCAUCAUCAUUCCAAUCGUCUACCCUCACAAAAUUCCAAUCACUCACUCUCACAAAAUAAUGUCACUACAACCAACAAAACCAUUCAAGCAUUCAAUUCAUAUGAUCGUGACGCUUCCUACAUGCAAGUGAAUGUUAUCGAUGCAAAUCACUGCCCCGGAGGAAUCAUGUUUUUACUUGAGGGCUAUUUUGGAACUGUUCUUUUUACAGGAGAUUUCAGAUAUGAUCCCAGAAUUUUGCAAGCUCCAUGUUUUAAAGACAAGAAAAUUGAUCACUUGUAUUUGGAUGAUACCUUUCUUGAUCCAGUCUACGAUUUUCCAACACGACAAGAGGCAGGUCAAGAAAUUAUUCAAAUUAUCAAAUCUCUUCCGGAAGACACUAGAAUUUUAUUGGCAGUAGAUCAUUUGGGAAAGGAAGAGUUACUGAUAGCUCUCGCACAAACUUUUAAAACACUAAUUGUAGUUCCAGAAGAAAGAUUGGAACUUUUGGAAUGCAUGAGCGACGUUAUUCCCAUUCAAUUAUUCACUCACAACCCCGAGCAGGGUCGUAUACUUGUCAAGUCAAAGAAGGAAGUCAGUUUUAAUUCGAUCAUGUUUCACAGAAAAUCAUACCCUAAGGUUGUGGGAAUUAUUCCAUCUGGAUGGUCGACGAAACAACUUAAAGAAGUGAAACAUUCGGAUUCAUCUGUGAUUUAUCGUGUACCAUACUCUCUUCACUCGUCAUAUAAGGAGCUUAUAGAAUUUGUGACACAAGUAAGGCCCAAGAUUGUUUAUAGUUCUUCUCGUGGUGAUAAUGUCGCCCUUCGUGAUGAAGUGAAACAUUUAUGUGACAACACCACACCUAUGAAGCAAGUUAUUAUACCUAGGUCAGUUCUCUCUCAUAUGGAGAGAAGCACUAAUGUGAUCGACCACCGGAAUAGUACGAGUGUCUCUUCUUCAUCCAAUAUUCAUUCCUUAGCACGUGGCAGUAAUGGACAUCUCAUCAUGCCAAAAUCAGUGACUCCAAAUACGGCGGCAGGACGAAAACGAAAAUCCUUUCCGCCUUCUCACAGAAUUCUACCAACCAAACUCUAUGCACUCCCAACUCAAACUUUAAAUCCAUUUUCAAACCUCUCAACUACAGCUUCUAAUGGAACAAAAAACAGUGAAGUGGUUGAUUUGACUGGUUCGACCCUCAAAAAUAAUCAAAACUUGAUGACAUCCCAUCAUGGGACAGUUUUUGAGAACACACAAGAUUUAUUGACGAACAUGAUCUUCCACACUGACCACCAACAAAAUACGAAUGACAACAAUUUCACAGAUAAGAAUACUUCCAUUCUUUCAUUGGAUUCCCAACUUGAAUUUUCUAAAUCUCCCUCAUCAAGGCAACAACAUCCUCUCACAACAUCUUCCAUCUCAUCAUUAGAGGCACUUAAUAUUUUGGAUGAUUUGAAAUUUUCUCCCUUACGAAAACCCUCUGCACAACAACCUCAAUCCCCAGCUCAUCGCCGUGUCAUGAUGACUGCUUCAUCACCCAAAGUUUCGCCCAUACCCAAAUUAAAAAAGAAAAAAUCUGAGGAAAUUGAAAAGGUGCUUGUCGAUAAGACUACAGGAAUACAAAUUCUGUUACCAAAAAAGAUGAACCAUGAAAUGGAAGUGAAUAUUCAUGACAAGAAUGAAGAACUUAAUGAUGACGAAUAUAAACUGUCAUUGUCUCCUCACAGUGGAGAUGAAUCGGUUAUCAAUGUGGACGAGAGUGACAUUUUGCAAAAUAUUGAACUGGAAUCGGAUGAGGAAGAGAGUAUCAUUUUACACACCAGGCCAAUCCAUUCAAAUACAACAACCAAUGUAAAGAACAAUCGUACAUCUGUCAAUAAGCGAAAACUUGAUGACCACCAUUAUAUUCAAGAAUUAUCAAGCGAUGACGAUGAAGAUGUUGUGUUCACUGGAAGUUUCACUACGUCAGGCAGUAGAAAUGCACAAAAUCAGACUGACGAUCAUGUAAAUAAUGAGAAUCUAUCACCGGCGUGUAAAAAGAUGAAACAAAAUCCUUCAACUACUUCUACUUCAGAAAACAUUUCAGAUACGUGUGACUUGUUGGAAAUUGGAUUUUCUAUGGAAAUGCCAACAACAUUGAAUUCUAAUAUUGGUAAUCGCGAGGAGGAAAAUUUAUAUCCCAAAGGGUAUUCACAAAUAUCAUGGGAUGACGAUGAUGAUGUUCAACCUCAAAAUGUUAUGGCGAAAGUGGAGACGGCUCAACCACAAACAGAUUCAACACUCUCGAACAAUAAUCCUUUCAUGAAUCUCUCAAGCAAAGUGAUGGAUAUCCAAACUGCAUCGCCAAUGACGUCAAUCACAAAUAAUCAAGAACCUAAUAAUGCUCAAUCAAUGAUAUUGCAAAACAACCUUAGAGCAAAAACAAAAAUACCUUUCAAGUUUGAUUCUUCAGGAGGAAGUCAAACCAGCUCUCACUCUUCUCUCUCGUCCAUCGAGUCUCCUCAAUACACCAUUCAAAGUAUUUUCUUUUCCAAAAGUAAAAAGUGA